CCAACACUAUCAUAAGGGAAUACCAUUUCACCAGCAAUGGGUAUACCUAAAGGGCAGCUUGUGGCUGCCUCCCUUUUGGGCUUUCUGGCCUUGGCCAGUGCCAAGAGGGUUACAUGUGACAGUAUAGCUCCACAGUUAAAGACUGUGUACGACUAUAAGGCUAUGAAUAUUUACGAGAAUGAAACAAUUGAGUUUACUAGGUACAGAGGCAGUGUGCUUGCUAUCAUAAACGUAGCAACAUACUGAGGAUUGAACCGCCCACAUUACGUGGGUAUGAACGCACUUACUACGGAGUUCUCGAGCAUGCCUUUCCAGGUGCUCGGAUUCCCUUGUAACAACUUCAAUUUGCAAGAGCCGGCCGACAACUACACUGAACUCCUAAAUGGAAUCAAGUAUGUGAGGCCAGGUGGGGGAUUUGUUCCUAACUUCCAAAUGUUUAAGAAAAUAGAUGUCAAUGGGAAGAACGAGCUUCCAUUAUAUACAUACCUUAAGUCUAUGUGUGGACCAACCAGUGAAACAUUUGAGGAUACCUCAAUGCUUUACUAUGACCCUAAAACAGUGAGUGAUGUCCGCUGGAACUUCGAGGUGUUCCUAAUUAGCAAGACUGGCCGGCCAUUAUACCGGUACAGUCCCGACACUCCAGUCUCAGAUAUAGAGACCGACAUUAAAGUUCUUCUAAGACAAAGUGUUGAAAGACCAAUCGUAGAAAGUAAUGAAAUUCCAACUGAAACAGAAUAUGUAGCAGAGCCUGAAAAUAACCAGGAAGAGACUGAAGAAGACAACGGUGAAUACAAACUACCUAAUGACAUCACAGUCUAGACAGCUAUUGAUCAAAUUAUGACUGUUUUUUUAUUAUAUUGACAAACUUGAAUUAUUUUUUGUAUAAUAUAUUACGGGUAUGCUAAUAAAAUGAUAUUUUUCUUGAAACACCUGCCUUCCUAAUAGAUUUCCAUGAACCAGUGUAUGAAGAGCUUGUCAUAAACAACUUUGUUGUAGACAAACUCCGAUUUCGUUGAAACUAUGGCAACUUGUGCGUUCGUUGUCAUAGAGAUAAACGAAUCUGGUAACAUGUAAAUACAUAAUAUGAAGGCAUGUGUUUCAACUUAGAAUGUUAUUUUGAAGAAAAAUAAUAAUGGAAAAGGAAAUAAUAAAAGUAUAAAAGGUU